GCAAGGCAGAGGUGUAUCAUCGUUUGUACAUUGGGUGUGGAACGAUUAUUCGGAUUUAGAAAGCUAGCACUUCCAGCGGAAUCAUCAUAGAAAAACUAUGGAAAUUUUUAUGACUCAUAAAAAUUGUGCGAUAACAGAAACCAAACAUUGCUCUUUGAUUUUACGCCUGCUGUGUUUUACAAUACUGUGGUAGCACGGACGGGAAGGAAAGGGCGAAGCUGCCUGCUGACGUAAUGGAUAUUGCGGGGAUAUUCUUUACUACUUAAGGUUACUGGUUUUCUGGUGGAAGUAUUGUUAAAGUAAGACUUAAUUUUUCUAAUGUAUGGCGACGUUCAUUUGUGGCUACUGGGACUGCAGUCUCGACCGAAUGAAACUCUUAUAAAUAAAUAAACCACGCAACGGGAAGGUGCAGUGAAAUUGCAUCUCGUAACUGUGCUCAUGAUUGUGAGGUUAUUUGUUGUUUUUGUAGCAUUUAAUGACAGAAAUGCCAUGUUGUUGUGUUUUUAUUCGAAGAAGUGUAUUUCGUGAAUUUCUGUGACGUAAUGAAGCAAAAAUGAAGAGCUCGAAUUUGGGAGAAGAAUGACCGUGAUAAAUGAAAGCAGAACCAAAGCAUUCAAAGAAAGAUAUGGCACCUGAAAAUCUUUAUUGAAAGUUACCUUUCAGUAAUUUUACGUAUGUGGAGAAUAUUUGUGGAGUAGCACCAGUUACCGUUGACAAGACUCCUGAAUGGCCAACUGAUUUUUUUUCUUUUCUUUUUGUGGGACGUAGCAAAUGAAGGUCGUCAUGACCAGCAGUAAUCAGUUAAUUGACUCCUGUUUGUUGAAAAUGCAAGCUUCCAUUACUACUGUACGUGAAGGAAAAGUGUAACACUGAAGCAGCCUGUGGCCACGUGAUGGGGGAAAGGAGAGUUCUACAGGAGAAAACGCCAGACAUGCUACAGUAUACUGGUCAACCAGAAUUACAUCAGGGAAACUCUUAUUCACUUGAUAUGACAUACCAUCCAACAAAUGGCCACCAGGAUAAUCACUCACCUAAUUCUUCUCACCUGUCUGUUCAGAGUGGAGAUGGAGCAACUCUUGUGUCUCGUACUCAGAAGCAACAAACUACACAGCAGGUUACUACUUUAACGAAAGUUGUUAGAGAAGUUCAUCAUGUUGGACCUGAUGGUCAGCAAGUUGAUUAUGUUGGUCUUCCAUAUUCAGGAGCUGGAGUUGUACCACCUACAGCUACACCUUCGAAUUAUCCUCCUUUCACCAAUUAUGAGCUAUUGACAGGGCAGGAAGGCUAUCCUCCCAUGGACCCAGCACGGAGGUAUCCAGAUGCUUAUCAUCCGAGUUACCAGGAUUAUGAGCAGUAUCCUCCGCAGCCUGAAUACCCAUACCAAAACCCAGCAUAUCCAGGUGGCUUUGCCCCGUAUGGUGAUGCUUCCAACUAUGUGGAACAGCCAGGUUACGUUGAACGGCCAACAACACCACCCAGUCCAAGUGAAAGAAGUGAAUCGCCACCUUUGCAGCAGUCUCUUCAGCAUGAUUAUUUGCGGAAAGGAGCUCCUUAUUCCCAAGCGGGGUACGAUGAACUGGACUCUGCAUUAAUGCCUGGUCGUCAGGAACAUUACCGAAUAACGCCUUCGCCUGGUGCACCUGUAGAUAGAUAUGAUCACAUUUCUCAUCCCUGGAACAUUGAUGAAUCAGGUGAACCAUCACAAUUAACACAUGGAGAAGAUCCGAAACUGGUUUAUGGAUACCCACCAUCUCCAUAUGGCACUGUACCAGCAGCUUAUGGCACUAACGGUGCAGACCCUAGAGUGUAUGAAGAGAAUGGUGCUGUUCCAAGAACAAUUUUUGAAGAUGAAGAAGAAUUGAGGAAACACUUGUCAAUGCAUCCUGCAAUUCCUUCACCUUCAAUUGAUGAUGACCAGAGAGGCAUGCGAUGGCGGGAUCCUAAUCUGACUGAAGUUAUUGGAUUCCUCAAUAAUCCAAAUAAUGUAAUAAAAGCUAAUGCAGCUGCAUACCUCCAGCAUUUAUGCUACAUGGAUGACCCAAACAAGCAAAAGACAAGAUCAUUAGGUGGCAUCCCACCCUUAGUUUCACUGCUUUCACAUGAGAGUCCAGAUGUGUACAGAAAUGCAUGCGGAGCCUUACGGAAUCUCUCAUAUGGAAGGCAGAAUGAUGAAAACAAAAGAGCUAUUAAAAAUGCUGGAGGGAUACCUUCGCUAAUUAAUUUGUUACAGAAGUCAUCAGAUUCUGAAGUAAAAGAACUGGUGACUGGAGUUCUGUGGAAUUUGUCCUCAUGCGAGGACCUAAAAAGAUCAAUAAUAGAUGAUGGCCUUGCAGUGAUUGUGAACCAUGUUAUUAUCCCUCAUUCUGGCUGGGAUUCCACAUCAUCUGGUGAAACAUGUUGGUCAACAAUAUUCAGGAAUGCAUCAGGAGUUUUGCGGAAUGUUAGUUCUGCAGGAGAGUAUGCGAGGAAAAAACUGAGAGAAUGUGAUGGUUUAGUUGACUCCUUGUUGUAUGUUGUGAGGUCGGCGAUUGAAAAAUCAAACAUUGGUAACAAAAGUGUUGAAAACUGUGUAUGUGUGUUGAGAAACUUAUCCUAUAGAUGCCAAGAAGUGGAAGAUCCUCAUUAUGAUAAGCAUCCUGUUCCAACGCAAAGCAGAGUUGGUGCACAGCAGAAAGGUGACAAUUUGGGCUGCUUUGGUGCAAGCAAAAAGAAAAAAGACGCACAGCCCAUCCAACAGAAGGAAACAGCUGCAAGCAGCCGAAGCACAAAUCAACGACUAGAACCUGUCAAAGGAAUGGAACUUCUCUGGCAGCCUGAAGUUGUUCAGUCUUACCUCUCUCUCUUGCAAAGCUGCUCGAAUCCAGAAACGUUGGAGGCAGCUGCAGGUGCACUGCAAAACCUUGCUGCAUGUUAUUGGCAACCAAGUAUUGAAAUAAGAGCAGCAGUGAGGAAAGAAAAGGGUCUUCCAAUUUUGGUUGAGCUUCUGCGAAUGGAAGUUGACCGGGUUGUCUGUGCUGUAGCAACAGCUCUGAGAAAUUUGGCCAUUGACCAGCGGAACAAGGAACUGAUAGGGAAGUAUGCUAUGCGAGACCUUGUACAGAAAUUACCGUCCGGAAAUCCACAACAUGAUCAGGGAACAUCAGACGAUACCAUUGCCGCUGUACUUGCAACAUUGAAUGAAGUAAUAAAGAAGAAUGCAGAAUUCUCUAGGUCAUUGCUGGAAGCUGGUGGUGUGGAACGCUUGAUGAAUAUAACAAGACAACGUCAGAAGUAUACACCGAGGGUCCUGAAGUUUGCUGGUCAAGUUCUUUUCACUAUGUGGCAACAUCAAGAACUUAGAGAGGUUUACAAGAAACAUGGUUGGAAAGAGCAGGAUUUUGUUACCAAAACAAUAGCUGCUCGAAAUGCUGGACCUAAUUCUCCAAAUAAUGCUAACAGCACACUGAAUCGACCAAUGGCUAGCCAGGGAGGAACACGAUAUGAAGACAGGACGAUGCAGCGCCCAACAAAUGUAAACAGUACAUCUCGCAGUCCUGGCCCGCCCAUGUACCAGCAGGGUGAUGAGAUUCCAAUGGCAGAUAUGUCAUACCCUGAAGGAGGGACGCAUGCCCCACCCCCAGGAGGAGUCCGUACUUACCCUGCCGCUCCUUUAGCCAAACCAGGUGAACCCUUAUAUGCCCAAGUCAACCGUGAGAAAAAGAAAAAUCGUCAGUAUGAAUCUGGAGGUUCACAACCGCAGUAUGAUGGUCCUCCUGGGCCUGGAGAUAUGUGGGGAUAUGAAGAACCUGGAAAAGGUGUUGUUAUGGACAGCCAUACUGAGAAUCCAACUGGUGGUGACUCAUGGGUGUGAAGUUGUUGUGUUUUGAUUGGUGUUGUGCAUUAGAUUUAUGGUACAUGUGACCACUCACUGGUCUCCUUUUGUAUGUACAGUAGUGUGCAUAUGUCAUCACAGCUACAUAUAUUAUGUGAAAGUGGAUGUGUAUCCACACACUAUUGCUGAAAUAUGUGUAAAUAACUGUCUUAAUAGUGAACAGUAAUAUUUAAAUUACUCCAAAUCUCCAAAAAAAAUGAAAAAAAUUGUUGUGAGAAUAAGACGUGUGACAAUUUUUUGUCUACUGUGUGAAUAUUGCAACUUGACUAUUGUUCUCAGGUCCUGAUCUAUUCAAAACAAAUAACACUGUAGGACAGAGAGAUUCAAAUUUUAACAGGCAUUCCACUUGGAUAAUUGUUCGUGUUGAUUGAAAGAAGUCCCACCUUGUGCUAAAAAGUUUACAGGGAGUGUUUAAAACAUCUGGAUAACUCUUUGAGUAGUUAGCUGCUCUUUUUUUUGUCCCCCCCCCCCCCCCCCACCCCCAGUGGAAAAGUUACAUGAUGUAUGUCACGUGCUGUUUCCAGUGCACUAGUUAAGUGUUAAUGUUUGACAAAUGCUAUUCAGUUGAAAAUUUUGUAUGUUUUGUUUGUUACUGUUUUAUUUGUUUAAUUACAUAAUGCUGGAAUUUCACUUAUGUGGAAUUUUAUGUGAACUUUUUGUUCUGCAUUAUUAUGUUUAAAUUUAAUUUGAUUACAUUUCUAUGACACAGAACUGAUUUAAAUGUGUGAAUGUUGUUUCCUUUUUAGUGUAAGAUGAGGUGUUAUAAAAUGCCUAAAAGUUGACAUGUUGUUGCAAAUUAAAAUGAGUUUAUUUGUAGAAAAUGAAAACAAGUAGUGAUCUUCAUGUACUAAAGGUCAAGACAAGAUGUUGACUUAGUGAUUAAGCACAAUUGUGUAAUGUUUUCUAAGUUUGCAAUUUGGUUUGUUUAACUGUGUACAUGAAUGGACAAUGAGAGCUAAAUAUAUGCAGAAUUAAGUUCCCCUAAAUAAUAUAGUGUUACACAGUAAUAUGACUUUAAUUUCAAGUCUUGCAGGUUUUGUUCCAAAUUUAAAAUUAAUACGGCCAUUAGCCAGGUGCAACUGCCGUAAAUCACAGAAUUAUUCUGCUUUCAGCCAAUGCUGUUUGUAGUAAAGGAUGUGUGUAGAUAUGAUAGACUCAAAGGUAUACAUGUUCAUUUAUGCACACAACAGACUGAUAUACUACAUGUAAUACAUAUUAAGAGAUGUUUAGUAAUACGUUAUGUUAUAAAUUUAACAGAGAAAUGGUAUAAAGGAGUUUAUAAUAGGCAAGCACAGAUAUCUAUAGAAAAAUAAUUGUUACAAAAUCUUAUUUAUUUGAACUUUGUUAGCAAGUAUUUAUAUUUUUAAUCUAUUUUUAAAUUAAACUUAUAAUAGUACUGAUAAA